CGUGCUGCCGCCGCUGCUGCCGCGCCCGGGUCCUGCUUCUCGGAAGAUGCACUAUUACAGAUACUCGAACGCCGAGGUCAGCUGCUGGUACAAGUACCUGCUCUUCAGCUACAAUAUCGUCUUUUGGUUGGCUGGAGUUGUUUUCCUUGGAGUCGGGCUGUGGGCAUGGAGCGAAAAGGGCGUGCUGUCCGACCUCACGAAGGUGACCCGGUUGCAUGGAAUCGACCCUGUCGUGCUGGUCUUGAUGGUGGGCGUGGUGAUGUUCACACUGGGAUUCGCGGGCUGUGUCGGGGCCCUGCGGGAGAACAUCUGCCUGCUCAAGUUUUUCUGUGGGGCCAUUGUGCUCAUCUUCUUCCUGGAACUGGCUGUGGCUGUGUUGGCCUUUUUAUUCCAAGACUGGGUGAGGGAUCGUUUCCGGGAAUUCUUCGAGAGCAACAUCAGGUCCUAUCGGGAUGACAUUGACCUGCAGAACCUCAUUGACUCUCUUCAGAAAGCCAAUCAGUGCUGUGGGGCUUACGGCCCUGAAGACUGGGACCUCAAUGUCUACUUCAACUGCAGUGGUGCCAGCUACAGCCGAGAGAAAUGUGGGGUGCCCUUCUCCUGCUGUGUGCCGGACCCUGCACAAAAAGUCGUGAACACACAGUGUGGCUAUGAUGUCAGGAUUCAGCUGAAGAGCAAGUGGGAUGAGUUCAUCUUCACGAAGGGGUGCAUCCAGGCUCUGGAGGGCUGGCUUCCCAGGAACAUCUACAUUGUGGCUGGUGUCUUCAUUGCCAUCUCCCUGCUGCAGAUCUUCGGCAUCUUCCUGGCAAGGACCCUGAUCUCAGACAUUGAGGCAGUGAAGGCAGGCCAUCACUUCUGAGGCGCAGGUGCAGCAGAUGGAGCUGAGCCACAUGGAGAGGUCAAGCCUUUCACUGUCCAGCAGCGGCAGAAGUCGACAUUAGCCACCUACAACCAGACCCCAGUCUUCCGCAUCAGCACGAUAUGGCCUCUCUGUUUCUUCUUGCUGGUGCUGAAGGCCAAGGCCCCUUCUCAUCUGCUCACACUUGACAUGGCACCUCUGAAGGCCCAGAGACAGAGAAUGUGUUUUUAUGUGGAGUAGUAACUCUGAGGACAGAUGGGCUCCCAUGGCCGCAGGAAAGGCUUAAUGGCCCUUACAGAGCCCAAGAGCAUCUGCAGGUCCCCACCUACUCAGUAAGGCUUAGGUACAUGCUCAGCUAUUCUCUUCUGUGGGCAGAGCAUCAGUAUGGGACCAGCAUUGAGGACAAGGCUUCUGCCUCCCUUGGAUCAAGAUGGAUGGAGAGGGAUAAGUGGUCCAGUGGUUCCCCUCCUGUCAACAAGGCUCAUGGUGGUGCAAACGUGCCAGGGGUUUGCAGAAUCCUCAGCCAUGUCCAAGUGAAGUAUGCCUGAGCCAGCUAUAACCGGUCUUGGGAAGCACAUCAUCACUGCCUUCCAAGUCUACACUGCUCUCCCAGG